CAAACACAAGGCAGCGGCGGGCCAUGGCCAACGUCUCCAAGAAGGUGUCGUGGUCCGGCCGCGACCAGGAUGACGAUGAGACGGCGCCGCUGCUGCGGAGGACGGCACGGCCCGGGGCGCCGGCCGGCGAGGGCACGCCGCUGCUGAAUGGGGCCGGGCCGGCGGCCGCCCGCCGGUCGCCCCAUUCGGCAUCUUUCCAAAUUGGACAAAUGAACAACACGGAGUCGGACGAUGAGCUUCUGGACCCAGUGAUGGAUCCCCCUCACCCUUUUCCCAAGGAGAUCCCACACAACGAGAAGCUCCUGUCCCUCAAGUAUGAGAGCUUGGACUACGACAACAGUGAGAACCAGCUGUUCCUGGAGGAGGAGAGACGCAUCAACCACAUGGCCUUCCGGACAGUGGAGAUCAAGCGCUGGGUCAUUUGUGCCAUGAUAGGGAUCCUCACAGGGCUCGUGGCCUGCUUCAUUGACAUCAUGGUGGAAAACUUGGCUGGCCUAAAAUACAAGGUCGUCAAGGACAACAUUGACAAGUUCACGGAGAAAGGGGGUCUGUCCUUCUCCCUCCUGCUGUGGGCCACGUUGAACUCUGCAUUCGUGCUGGUCGGCUCCAUGAUUGUUGCCUUCAUAGAGCCAGUUGCUGCUGGGAGUGGGAUCCCCCAGAUCAAGUGCUUCCUCAAUGGUGUGAAGAUCCCCCAUGUGGUCCGGCUCAAGACCCUGGUGAUCAAAGUAUCUGGUGUGAUCCUGUCUGUGGUGGGAGGACUGGCCGUGGGAAAGGAGGGGCCAAUGAUUCACUCAGGCUCCGUGAUUGCCGCUGGGGUUUCCCAGGGGAGGUCCACAUCGCUGAAGCGAGAUUUCAAGAUCUUUGAGUACUUCCGCAGAGAUACAGAGAAGCGGGACUUUGUCUCGGCAGGAGCUGCAGCUGGAGUGUCUGCUGCGUUUGGGGCCCCUGUGGGCGGUGUCCUCUUCAGCUUGGAGGAAGGUGCCUCCUUCUGGAAUCAGUUCCUGACGUGGAGAAUCUUCUUUGCUUCCAUGAUUUCCACCUUCACACUGAACUUUGUCUUAAGCAUUUACCAUGGGAACAUCUGGGACCUGUCCAGCCCAGGCCUCAUCAAUUUCGGAAGAUUUGACACACAGACGAUGGUGUACACGAUCCACGAGAUUCCCAUCUUCAUCGCCAUGGGAGUGGUGGGUGGUGUUCUUGGGGCUGUGUUCAAUGCCUUGAAUUACUGGCUGACAAUGUUUCGAAUCAGGUACAUCCACCGGCCCUGCCUCCAGGUGAUUGAGGCCAUGCUGGUGGCUGCUGUCACAGCCACUGUCGCCUUUGUGCUGAUCUACUCUUCUCGAGACUGCCAGCCGCUGCAGGGCAGCUCCGUGUCCUACCCGCUCCAGCUCUUCUGUGCAGAUGGCGAGUACAACUCAAUGGCUGCUGCCUUCUUUAACACCCCGGAGAAAAGCGUGGUCGGCCUUUUCCAUGACCCCCCAGGCUCUUACAACCCUAUGACCCUCGGCCUCUUCACCCUCGUCUACUUUUUCCUGGCUUGCUGGACCUAUGGGCUGACAGUGUCUGCUGGCGUCUUCAUCCCAUCCCUGCUUAUUGGGGCCGCCUGGGGUCGGCUCUUCGGCAUUUCAUUGUCCUAUGUCACUGGGGCCGCGAUCUGGGCAGACCCUGGCAAGUAUGCCCUAAUGGGAGCAGCUGCCCAGCUGGGUGGGAUCGUGAGGAUGACGCUGAGCCUGACAGUCAUCAUGAUGGAGGCCACCAGCAACGUGACCUACGGCUUUCCCAUCAUGCUGGUUCUGAUGACUGCCAAGAUCGUAGGAGACAUCUUCAUUGAGGGCCUGUACGACAUGCACAUCCAGCUGCAAAGUGUGCCUUUCCUGCACUGGGAAGCCCCGGUUACCUCGCACUCGCUCACCGCCAGGGAGGUAAUGAGCACGCCAGUCACCUGCUUGCGGAGGAGGGAGAAAGUGGGCGUCAUUGUGGAUGUGCUCAGCAACACGGCCUCCAAUCACAACGGGUUCCCCGUGGUGGAGUCCACUGACGACACCCAGUCAGCCCGGCUCCAGGGCCUCAUCCUACGCUCCCAGCUGAUUGUCCUCUUGAAGCACAAGGUAUUUGUUGAGCGGUCCAACAGGGGCUUGGUACAGCGGCGGCUGAGGCUGAAGGACUUCCGGGACGCCUACCCACGCUUCCCCCCAAUCCAGUCCAUCCAUGUGUCCCAGGAUGAGCGCGAGUGCACCAUGGACCUCUCUGAAUUCAUGAACCCUUCCCCCUACACAGUGCCCCAGGAGGCAUCUCUCCCUCGGGUGUUCAAGCUGUUCCGGGCCCUGGGCCUCAGGCACCUGGUGGUAGUGGACAACCACAAUCAGGUGGUCGGGCUGGUAACCAGGAAAGACUUGGCCAGGUACCGGCUUGGGAAGGGGGGCCUAGAGGAGCUUUCACUGGCCCAGACGUGAGACCCUGGCCCUGGCACCUCACCUGGGGUCCUCACCUCGCUCCUCGGGCAGCAGCAGAUCCAUUGUCCUCCAGACCUCGGGGACGGCCCAGCUGGUGUGUGAGCAUGACCAUCACAUGGGCGCCUUGUCAGUGUUCUCUACCCUCCCCCUUGCCUCAGCCCCUUGGAUGUCACUCUCCAUCCUCCUGUUUCUUCACCUUCAGGGAUCAGAUGUUCGUGCAAAUGCUCGCUUCCCGAGAGCCCGCGAGAGGUUGUGUGUGCAUGUGUGUGUUUCAGUGCGUGUGUCUGUCUGUGUUCACAUGUCUGUGAGACAGCGAGCGAGCUGGGCCCUGUGGAUUUCAGUGCUGCAGGCACCCAGAGCGGGGCCCCCAUGCCUGCUUCUCUGCUCCUCGUUACCCUCAGUGCUGGCCCAGAAGGACCACGCCGCCUGCACACUGCCAGCUGGAGUCCUGGGGGACGUGGAGCUGCAGCAGAGGCCUUUGGCCUUGUUCUCUCGGCUCAGUCUGUGGCCGUGAGGGGAUAGGCCUGUGCAGCUGGGACCUACCUGGACAAAGGCCCAGCUGGAUGCCCAAAGGCAAGGGUUUGGGGCAGCAGGACAGCCCCGGAGAGCAGAUCCUGGAGCAGGGUCUGUCAGGAAGCUGGCUUCUCUCCCAGAUUCAUCAUGUGUGCCCCCAGGGCUGCAACCCCACUCAGGAUGCCAUGGGCUCUGUGAUGGAGCCUUGGCCAAAGGAGCGCCGAGAACCACGCUUGUCACCCCAAGACCUCGGAGCUAGAGUCCAGAUGAACAGCUAUCGCCACAUGUGGACAGUGGCUGGGAAGGAGGGUCUUCUCAGCAUGGGGGCUGGAGGGUAUGACAAAGGCCUCUGAGGACCCCUGGCCCACGGUGAUGUUCCUGGGGCAGCUCUGGUUCUGGUCCUGGCAGGUGGGCUUUGGGACGGGCUGGUGAGCCUGGGGCAAGGAUGCUCUGCCCCUCAGGCCAGGUGGGGCUGGUCCCAUAAGACCCUUUAUAAGGUGAUUCUCAAGUCCCCAGCCCAUCUCUGAGUAGGUGAUUCCUUUGUGGUGAACUCGUGGGUAUCGCACCUUGGUUUUAGCCUCUUUCAAGGGGGUGGGGUCUUAAAUCGCAGGUCCGGUCCUGGUGGUGAGUCCUCUGUGGGGGUAUUAGGUCUGAAUGUGGGGGGUCUGAAUGGAAGAAAUAAAAUAAUUAUACCUAGCCGGCUUCCCGUUCCUGCUCCUGCUCAGCAUGGACCACAGUCUAGCAGCCUGGGAUUGCAGGGCCAUGGGGUGGGGGUGUCUGGGAUGAGGCCCUCCUCAGUGUGUGGUACGGGGGGGCACACCCCAGUGUAGACAUCCCUGGGAGGGAGACACAGAUGAGAGGCCCAGAAACCUGCAGGUGUGCAGCUGUGGCCCUCACACAUCCUGCAGGAGGGAGACCCCUGGCACCACCACAGCAUCCUCUUCAAAUGUCUGAGCAGUGUUGCUCCUGGGGCAGCUGCAGAGAUGGGGGGCGGGGGGGGUAGACGUUCUCCCCAGAGGCACUUCACCUCUGCUCUGCAUGUCUGUCUCCAACCUCAUCUGUUUGGCCAUGAGGUGUGUGGUGUGGCUCCCCCUGGAGGGGAGGUUAACAAGCAUUCUUAUCACAGGGACGUCCCCAGCCAGCCCUCAGUGGGCAGGUCUGGGUGACACCUGGGUGGGGCGAGAGGCUGGAGUGUCCAUCCACACUGGCCUGAACUGAGACAUGGAACACCCUUCACCAGCCUUCGAAGACUCGGUGUAGAGAGAGCAAGUACAGCAUCUUGCUCACUUUGUAUUGAGUACAUGUUGAAAUAAUAUUUUAGAUGAACUGGGUUAAAUAAAAUGGAC